GGGAACGACUUGUGGUAUGUUUCAAAGAUACACCAUUGCUGGUGAUAUUCCACGCCAAGCGACCAACGUUGGUGUCAAGAGGUUCGAGUUUAUUAAGUGCUCAAGGAAUAAUGAGAGGACCAUCCUGGCACGAUCCUGAUGACAUAGGCGCUUUUUUAAAUCAGCCUGAUCCUAAAGCCAUUUCGAUAACUUUUGCGAGACAUUUUGCGAAAGGCGCAUUACUGAGUUUGAUAUGGGAAGAUGGCCAAAUAUCAUUUUUACCAUUUUAUUUUCGUCCAACUGGAAAAUAA